ACGAGUUUGAAAGACUGCCCUCUCUCUCUGUCCAAACAGUCUUAAAGACAUCAACCCCAUCGUGGCUAAGAUGUCAGUGAACUGCCCUUGACUCAGUGUGACGGAUUUCUUUCCAAACAAGUCGUUGGGGUUCCCGAAACAGUAAAGCGUUUGCCAUGCCCUUUAAAAACCCAUACAGACAAAAGAGUGAGAUAAAACGAAACACCGCCCCUGUACCUCCAUUCCCUUUGCAUGACAAACAGACUCCUUGUCGACCAAAGCACUGAAAUGUACAGUGCACCGUCUGCUAAGUGGGUUGUCAGUAGUAGUUUUUUUUUUCUGCUUUUGCCUGAAAUCUAGUUGGUCGGUGUAACCUUGGACUCCCCCCAACUUGUACUAUUCUUGUGUGGAAUCUCAUUGUUGGUGUGGACAUCAUUCAAGCUGGUGUUCCAAAGCAACUGGAGGUUCCCACUUCAUUAGAGAGUGUUUCGGAGGGCUGGAGAGAGAGUGCAAGCACUACGUCUGGCUCUGACAGCUAGCCGAGGUGAUAACCGAGAAGAAUUGGUGGAAAGGGCUGAAGACAGAACUAAAUUUCAGAAGAAAGAAAAAAAAGGAAAGGCUUUAAGGAUGACACCUGCUACACUGGCACUGACUUGGUCUUUGCUUUCAAUAUGGACCAUAACUUCUGCUGUGCAGAUUGAAGAAGAAGAACUCAAUGAGACAGUCAUUUGCACCAAAGAUCAGAUGCAAGUUAUCAUUCCCAGUGUGUUUUUUCUGAACAAGGAGCCACCUGUUUCUGUUUGGGAUUUGCACUUGAAUGAUCCUGACUGUCGAGGGGUUGAGGUUGGGAACGACUAUGUCUUCAGCAUCAAGACAAACCUCACAGACUGCGGCACCAUUAUGGCAUCAGAUGAUACUCAUAUCAUGUUCACCAACUCGAUCCGCAAUAAUGAAACCGAUAUCAUCACCAGAAGCUACAUCAACAUCACAUUUGGGUGUCGAUACCCACUAAACUACAUGGUUCAGCAGCAAAACGGGGAGAAUCUGAUCAGAGUGGAUGUGAGGACAAUCACUCUGAACACAGAGGAUGGAAAUUUCUCAGUCUCCAUGCUGCUCUAUAAAGACGAAGCGUUUCAGGAUAAAUGGACCACUGUUCCUUCUCUCACACUUGAGGACAACAUCUAUGUCAAAGUUUACAUGAUUCCAGCCAAUCUGUUUCUGAGAGUGGAGAGAUGUUGGGCCACACCGACCAAUGACCCUUACAGCAACAUUCAGUACACCUUCAUCAGGGACAGUUGUCCAGUGUUGUGGAAUGACCAGACACUAGCUGUGAUGAAGAACGGUCAAGGACCAGAAGCUCUGUUCAGGAUACAAAUGUUCAAGUUUGUUGGCAGCUCCUACACAGAUGUUUUCCUGCAUUGCAACGUCCAGAUCUGUCAUAACACAGGAGGAGUGUGCCGGCCUAACUGCUCUGCUGAAGAUGCAUCCGUACGGACACGCAGGGAUGUUGCAUCGUCUCACACAGUCUCGUUUGGACCAAUCAGAAGACUCAAAACUAACAUGGAGAAUACUAAUCUGAGUUCAGAUUUGCCCCCUGUGGAAACCUUUGUGUUGGGUGGUCUGCUGUUCAUCCUGAUUGUCAUCACAGGAGUUUUUGGGAAACUCUGGCUCCAGAGCAGAAACUCGUAUCCGACCCAAGAGGCCCAGCUCACUCUCUCCAACAUCCACCACAUCUCAGAGGUGGCCAGCUAACUUGAGAUCUCAUAUACACACAGUGUUGUGUGAAUUGUUCAGUUUGACAAUUUUGUCUGCUAACCUGUAGUGCAUUUUUUUAGCUGUUAUUUUUGUCUUUUAUUGUGAAAUAAAUAAAGCUUUUUGAAUUCCUAAAAGCUUGCUUAAUAUACUGUUCAAAAUUAAUCAUCAAACAUGAUUAUUGUUUAUGUUUUGAUCUACAUAUGUGACCCUGGAACACCAGUCAUAAGGGUGUCAAAGUUUUCCAUUGAUGUAUGGUUUGUUAGUAUAGGACAACAUUUGGCCAAGAUACUAUUUGAAAAUCUUGAAUCUGAGGGUGCUAAAGUUGUCCAAAUGAAACCUGUAU